GAGCGAAAACAACAACAUCGGCUCGGUGUCUUCGCCCUGAAUUAGACGGAGCCGCCCGGUGCUAACGCUCCUUCCCCCCGGUGCUAACGGUGCUCUCCGCCGGCGGACGGUGCGCAGGGAGCGGGCAGAGAUGUGGAUCGAGCCGGAGGAGGUGCUGCUGGCCGGCGCGCUGUGGGUGUCCGAGCGGGCCAACCCGUUCUUCAUCCUGCAGAGGAGGCGAGGACACGGCCGCGGCGGGGGACUGUCCGGUCUCCUGGUUGGGACUCUGGAUGUGGUCUUGGACUCCAGUGCCCGGGUGGCCCCGUACAGGAUCCUGCUGCAGACGGCCGACUCUCAGGUUUACUGGAACGUGGCCUGCGGCUCGUCCAGGAAGGAGAUCACGGAGCACUGGGAUUGGCUGGAGUCCAACCUGCUGCAGACCAUCUCCAUCUUUGACAACGACGAGGACGUCACCACCUUCGUCAAAGGAAAGAUCUGCGGCAUCAUUGCGGAGGAGAACCGUCUGAAGCAGGGCGAGGAGCAGGAGGAGGAUUGUGGGAAGUUUCGAGAGGCGGAGCUGAAGAUGAGGAGGCUGUUCGGGAUGCCGGAGGAGGAGAAGCUGGUGAACUAUUACUCGUGCAGCUACUGGAAGGGCCGAGUGCCGCGGCAGGGCUGGCUUUACCUGUCCGUCAACCACCUGUGCUUCUACUCCUUCCUGCUGGGCAAAGAAGUGACCCUGGUAGUGCAGUGGACGGAGGUGACCCAGCUGGAGAAGAACGCCACGCUGGUGUUCCCGGAGAGCGUCCGCGUCAGCACGCGUCACACGGAGCAUUUCUUCUCCAUGUUCCUGAACAUCAACGACACCUUCAAGCUGAUGGAGCAGCUCGCCAACAUCGCCAUGCGCCAGCUGCUCGACAACGAAGCGUUCGCCGCCGACCGCUCGCUGCCCAAACCCUGCAAGACGCUGAAGAACGUCUCUGCGCUCAAGAGGGAUUUGGACGCGCGGGCGAAGAAUGAGCGGUACCGGACGAUGUUCCGGCUGACGCAGGACGAGCGUCUGGACGGACACACGGACUGCACGCUGUGGACGCCGUUUGCUAAGAUGCACGUGGUGGGACAGCUGUUCAUCUCCAACAACUACAUCUGUUUUAACAGCAGAGAAGAAGACCUGUGUCAGCUCAUCAUCCCGCUCAGAGAGGUGUCCAUUGUGGAGAAGGCGGACAGCAGCAGCGUCCUGCCUUGUCCCGUCUCCAUCAGCACCAAGAACAAGAUGAACUUCCUGUUUGCCAACCUCAAAGACAGAGACUUCCUUGUCCAACGCAUCUCGGACUUCCUGCAGCGAACGCCCGACAGCUCGUGGGGCGACACCAACCCGCUGUCUCUGAUUGGCCACUCGGCGUCCUCCAGCGCCCCCUCGUCUCUGUCUGCAGGCUCCGAGUCCGUCCAGAGGGGGCGUCACUAUCACCCCGGUCUGCCCACAGCCAGCCAGGGUCUGCUGCAGCUCUACCACCGAGACACUCUGGAGGACCUGGGACCCAAAGCCAUGAAGGAGAAGAUGAAGGAGGAGGCGUGGAACAUCCAUUUCUCAGAGUUCGGUCGAGGCGUCUGUAUGUACCGAACGUCCAGAACCAGAGAACUCGUCCUCAACGGGAUCCCAGAGCGGCUCAGAGGAGAGCUGUGGCUGCUGUUCUCUGGAGCGCAGAACGAGAUGGCGACUCACCCGGGUUACUAUGGCGACCUGGUGGAGCAGGCCAUGGGGCUGUGUUCGCUGGCCACAGAGGAGAUCGAGCGCGACCUUCACCGCUCGAUGCCCGAGCACAGAGCCUUCCAGAACGAGAUGGGCAUCGCCGCGCUGCGCCGUGUCCUCACAGCAUACGCCCACCGCAAACUGAUUGGAUACUGCCAGGCGAUGAACAUUGUCACCUCUGUCCUGCUGCUCUACUGUCCCGAGGAGGAAGCCUUCUGGCUGCUGGUGGCGCUCUGUGAGCGGAUGCUGCCCGACUACUACAACACCAGAGUCGUAGGAGCUCUGGUGGAUCAGGGGGUGUUUGAGGAGCUGACCCGGGCCUUCCUCCCCCUGCUAUACGAACACAUGCAGGAGCUCGGGGUCAUUUCCACCAUCAGCCUGUCCUGGUUCCUCACGCUUUUCCUGUCUGUGAUGCCCUUCGACAGCGCCGUCCUGUUGGUCGACUGCUUCUUCUACGAGGGCAUCAAGGUCAUCUUCCAGGUGGCGCUGGCUGUGCUCCACGACAACAUGAACGCUCUGCUGUCCUGCAACGACGAGGGAGAAGCCAUGACCAUUCUGGGCAGGUACCUGGAUAAUGUUGUGAACAAACAGACUGUGGCUCCGCCCAUCCCUCACCUGCACGCCUUGCUGACGAGCGGAGACGAUCCUCCACCUGAGAUCGACAUCUUCGACCUCAUCAAGGCGUCCUACGAGAAGUUCGGCAGCUUGCGCUCUGAUGUCAUCGAGCAGAUGAGGUUCAAGCAGAGGUUAAAGGUCAUCCAGUCACUGGAGGACACGGCCAAGAGGAGCGUGGUGAGAGCGAUGAUGACGGAGUCCGCCUUCAGUAUUGAGGAGCUGGAAGAGCUCUAUUGUCUCUUUAAGUCCAAACACAUGACCAGCUGUUACUGGGGCUCCAGCAGCACGGCGGCCGAGCGUCACGACCCCAGCCUGCCCUACCUGGAGCAGUACCGCAUCGACCCGGUCCAGUUCACCCAGCUGUUCACCGCGCUCGCUCCCUGGAUCUGUGGAGGCCACACCCCCACGCUGUCGGCCCGCCUCUUCAGACUCCUGGACCAGAACAAGGACGGACUGGUCAACUUCAAAGAGUUCAUCACCGGACUGAGUGGGAUGUAUCACGGAGACAUGACAGAAAAACUCAAACUGCUCUACAAGCUCCACCUCCCACCAGCUCUGUGUCCUGAGGAGGCCGAGUCUGCUCUGGAGGCAACACAGUUCUUCACUGAGGACGUACCACCACAAGAAUCUUUCUUCCCCUCUGAACUGGACAUUUUGGGGCAGCAGGAGGUGCCAUCAGGUGAGGAGGGGAAGGAUGGAGGCGCAGACAGUGAGAGAAGAAAGGCUUCAGAGGAGAAGGUGAAAGACUACAGGUACUACCUGAGGAUGUGGGCCAAAGAAAAGGAGCCCAGGAGAGAGACCAUCAAAGACCUGCCCAGGAUGAACCAGGAGCAGUUCAUUGACCUCUGUAAGACGCUCUAUAACAUGUUCAGCGAGGAGCCUCUGGAGCAGGAGCUCUAUCACUCCAUCGCCACCACCGUCGCCAGCCUGCUGCUGCGCAUCGGAGAGGUCGGCAAGAAGUUCAACAACGGCGGCAAAAAGACUGAAAACGCGGCCGCCGCCGCUCAGACCCCACCCACCACACAGACCACUCCCACCGACCCUCUGGGGGAGGAGGGGCCGGGCGAGGGGCCGUCAGGUGAGUCUCAGGUGUGCCGCGCUCUGGCCGACGCUCAGCUGGAGGAUGAGGAAACCAAAGACGACACGUCGGUGUCGUCGUACUCGGUGGUGAGCUCCGGCUCGCUGCAGUGCGAGGACAUCGCCGACGACACUGUGCUGAUCGGCGGUGGCGAGCAGAGGCGUGGCAGUGUGCUGGAUGUCGACUGGUCGAUCACCUUUGAGCAGGUGCUGGCGUCGCUGCUGACGGAGCCGCCGCUCGUUGACUACUUCGAAAGGAAGAGGGACAUCCAGAGCAAGAUGGCCGCCUGUAAGGCUCAGAGGGCAGUGGAGCGCCAGACAAGCUCCGCCUCCGACCACGAACUCACGCAGCAUUCCGUCUGACUCACCUCCGCCGGGUCACCUGACUCACCUCCGCCGGGUCACCUGACUCACCUCCGCCGGGUCACCUGACUCACCUCUGCCGGGUCACCUGUCCUUUUGUCCGUCUGUCCACCUGCGUGUGUGAUGUCACAGACUAACCUGUGAUGUCAGGAAGUCAUGUGACUAUCUUUAUUUAAACUCAGCACUUGUUUCACAGUAAAAGUCCCAGAGGUCGUACAUCAUGACGAGCGUUUAAUAGUUGUUUUCCAUCGCGGGAACUCUGGGCCGAUGUAAUCAAUUCCUCUUCUUCUGCGGGGUUUAAUGCGGCGUUCACGUGAUAUCAGGAUGUCGUAGUUUCCGAGUCGUGAAUUCGUUCUUUUGGCUUCGUUGUGUUCGAGGUCUUUGAGGUCGUGAAGUGUGAAACUGAUUUUAAAGUAUUUCAUUCAUGAAAACGGCGAUAUGAGCGGGAUGUUUUCUUUAAAAAUUGAUAUUUAAUACGUGAAUUAAUAAAAACGUUUCUUCUUGUUGAGCAAACAUUUGCCGCAACUUCAAAAAAGCCACGUUUUGUUGAUGUCUUCUUUUGCAUUGAGAUCAGCAGUGAGUCAACCUAAGCCCCGCCCAGCACAUUUUCAGGGCCACGCUGAGGGCCGAGGCGGGGACUUGUUUCGCCUCCGUUAAGGUUCUCUAAAGUUUUCCUGUGCAACAACGGGUGAGACCACGUAAGAUUCCCUGAGUUCCUGCAGUGGAAACAGGCCGUUUUUAUCCAAAUAGAUUUUGGGUAUUUUUUCUUUAUUUGACAUACUCACAAACUGUAAAUAAAGAUGGACGACACGCCCCCACUGACCCCCGCUGUGCUGAAGUGAGGUCAAAGUAUCCGAGAUACGGGCGUCGCCGUCUUGUGAGGGUGAUGUCAUUGGGAGCCGGAUUCUGCGCAUUAG